AUGGUCGAAUGCUGGCAUUUGCUUUCGUUGACGCUGUUGGCAGCAACAGCAUCGGUUUCCACGCACAGUUCGACCGACGAACAGUCCAUCAGUAAAUGUGAUAAAAGCCCUCUGACCGAACUGACAUUUCAAUUGAGUGGCAGCAGUUUGUUGUGGCCCUGCGACUCGACGAAAAACAUUUACGUUCAAUCGGGUCGUUAUGUACCGCGCAAUGUGAUAGUGACACGAGCUCAGCUGCAGCGUGAUUCGGCUUUUGUGGCUUUGCCACGUUACAAACAAGGUGUACCAUUCACACUGGGCAAGGUAAACCUGAAGAAGGGCCAGUGCCUAACGAAAAUUGCACCCUAUCCCUGUUGGGCGAUACAAGAGGAGGGCAACUGUCAAGCGCUGCAGUCGGUGGUUGACAUUGCUGUGGAUCCGAAUGGUCUUUUGUGGGCUUUAGAUGUGGGCAUUGUCAAUACUCUGGAACAGCCGAUACGACGUUGCAGUCCGAAAAUUGUUGCCAUUAAUACGGCCGAUGGCAAGGUUGUAAAAAGUAUCGAUAUGAGUGACUUGGUUACAGCUGAAUCACGUUUACAAUUUCUGGUCGUGGACUAUGGAAACGAUAAUAAACCAUUUGUGUAA